AAAGCUACGACAACUCGUCAAAAUGAGCGUAUUCCUUCAAGUAUGUAUCACCGCUUUAUUCCUUCCGCUGACCGUAAAUGGAGACAGAUCCUCGUCCCCAGCUUGCGCCAAACCAUUCGACAAAAUGACGGCUUGUAAUCUUAUUUGUAACAUGAUUCAAGACUCGGACGCCAACAAUGCCAUGAAAAUGCUGCAAACCAAACUCCAAGAUCUUAUUGCAGCGAUAAAGAAUCCUUCCCCUUUACAGCCAGCCUCUUCGUGCAAAGAACACUUCGAAAAACACAAAUGGACAAAGAGCCAAGUGUACCCACUGGUGUUUGGUUCACAAUACGUUCCUGUUUACUGCCACAUGGGAGACUUUGGAUGCGGAGAUGGAGGAUGGACGCUGGCCAUGAAGAUUGACGGCAGGAAGAGAAGCUUCCACUACGAUUCCAAGUUUUGGAGCGACAAAAGUGUCUACAACCUUCCAGGAGGAAAGACUGGCUUUGACUCACAAGAGACAUGAAAAUAAACCAACAGCUUAAGUUCAUUGUGAUCAACAAGCAGUCCAGCUCUCUCUACUCGCUGCUCGCUGAUGGAAAAUACCGCGCCACCUCGUUGGGUCGCAGCAAGUGGAAGAAGUUGAUUGGUUCACAAUCCUCCUUACAGGCCAACUGUAACAAGGAAGGCUUCAAUGCGGUGGGAAGUAGUAGACGCUCUUCCAGAGCAAGAAUUGGUAUUAUUGGAAAUAAUGAAAAAGACUGUGCAUCCACUGAUUCCAGAAUCGGCUUUGGAACGGGAGGAAGCACUGAUGACAAAAUCACAUGUGGAAAUUAUGCAAUAAAAGGUUAUACAUCAGACAACGGAGAAAAACACGUCAAAGCCAUGGGAUAUAUCUUGGUGCAGUGACAAGGGAAUCGCUGAACUCUCCUACACAUGAUCUUAAAGUAACGCUCAAAGUGAGCUAAAAUAUAUUGAUGUAGCUUAAAGAAGGGAAAGCAAUUAAAACAAUUUGGUCAAAACUGA